AUGCGGCCGGGAGCGAGGCGCGGAAGCCUGGGCAGCGAUUGGCUGGCGGCUCUAGGGGGCGGUGCGCCGCGGCCCGGCUGGCAAAGGUUGGCUAGCGGGGGCGGGGCCCGAGGCGAAGCGCGGAUGACCGCUGGCAGCUUCGCGGAAUGGGGCUUGGGGCGCGCCGCGCCGCGCCACGCGCUGCCCGGGCCACAGCCUGGCCCUGCCACGGGCGACGUCCUGCAGCAUAUCAUGGCCAUCUCCGACCAGAACCUGGACGAGGCGCAGGCCAGAAAGCAUGCUCUGAAUUGCCAUCGGAUGAAGUCUGCUCUCUUUAGUGUGCUCUGUGAGAUCAAGGAAAAGACAGCGUUAAGCAUUCGUGGCAUUCAGGAAGAGGACCCCCCACCCCCCCCGGACGCUCAGCUCAUGAGGUUAGAUAACAUGCUGCUGGCUCAGGUCGUCUCCAGGCCGGAGAGGAGAGGAAGAGGAGGACCAGCCGUGGCCGGCACAGCGACACCAGGUGGCUGUCCAAAUGACAAUAGCAUUGAGCACUCUGACUACAGGGCCAAGCUGUCCCAGAUCUGACAGAUAUACCACUCUGAGCUAGAGAAAUAUGAACAGGCCUGCCGUGAGUUCACCACGCACGUCACCAACCUCCUCCGAGAGCAAAGCAGGAUGCAGCCUGUCUCUCCCAAGGAGAUCAAGCACGUGGUCGGCGUCAUCCACGGCAAGUUCAGCGCCAUUCAGAUGCAGCUGAAGCAUAGCACCUGCGAGGCUGUGAUGACCCUGCACUCGCGGUUCCUCGAUGCCAGGCAUAAGUGGAGGAGUUUUAGCAAGCAGGCCACAGAGGUGGUGAAUGAGUAUUUUUAUUCCCAUUUGAGCAACCCUUAUCCCAGCAAAGAAGCCAAAGAAGAGUUGGCCAGGAAGGGUGGCAUCACGGUCUCCCAGGUCUCCAACUGGUUUGGCAACAAAAGAAUCCGGUAUAAAAACAUGGGGAACUCGCAAGAAGAGGCUAGCGUUUACAUGUCUAAAACGUCGGUGGAUGCCACCAAAGUUGGCAUUCUAGGGCACAAAGCCAGCUGCCCCUUGAUGCCCAACUCUGGUUCCUCCGGCUCCUUCUCACUGACCAGUCCCGGGAAUACCUUUGUGAGCCUCCUAGCACUGGCCUCCAUCGGUGACCCCAAGGCAGGACCCGGGUCCCAGUCACAGCUGAGUCAGUCACAGCCCAGGGGCAGCUGGCAAGGCCCCCCCACUGUCCAUCACGUCACCUGCUGGAGAUCCAGGGAGUGUCCACUCAGACGCAUCCAAUUAAGUUUUGGGGACAGAGCAGAAAAGCAUCCUGGCACCGUCCCCACUCCAGGUGCAGCUGAUUACCUCAGAACCCAGACCAGCAAGGAGUGGCCGCCCGCUCCAUCCCGGCCCACAGCUCCUGCCUUGUCCUGCCCUCAUCCUCGUCUGUCCUUUUUCAUCCCAGCCCAUGUGAAGCGGGCUAAAAAUCCUCAUGAGCUAAAGGAUCAUGGCCUGAGCCAGGCCCUUUACGAGGGAACUGCCAUCAGGCUAGGAUGCCCUGCUCCCCCAACCCUCAUCCAGCAAGAGCUGGGGUGCGAGCAGCAGGCGUCUGCCUCCACGGUGCUGGCACCAGUCCCUGGAGUCCACCAGUAA